AGGAGAGAAAGAGAGUCUGAGGAUGCCACAAUGGCUGCCAGUGGAUUAAACACACCGUCGGGUGACUACCUCCAUCUCUCAGAGCUGAGGAUUGUGCUGCUGGGAUACAGAGUAGCUGGGAAGAGUUCAUCCGGAAACACCAUCCUGGGCAGAAAGGAGUUUGACCUGAGGAGAACUGUUCAGUGUGUGAAGAGACAGGGAGAAGUAGCAGGGAGGCAGGUAACUGUGGUCGACACUCCAGGCUGGUGGGCUAAUGACCCUGUAGAGGAGACUCCUGAGCUGGUUAAACAGGAGAUUGUGGUCAGUGUGUCUCUGUGUCCCCCAGGACCCCACACUCUCCUCCUGGUCAUAGAUGUGGAUGACACAUUCACUGAGGAAUACAGAAGAGCAGUAGAGGAACACGACCCUUCUCAGUGAGACAGUCUGGAGUCACACUAUAGUGCUGUUCACCCAUGGGGA